AUGAGAAAAGUGUUUUACUCCUUGCUGGUUAGCAUAUACAUAUGCCUGUGUGUGUACUCCCCAGUUUAUUCGCUAUAUUUGAAGGAAAUCGAAUUAGGGAAUUAUUACAUCUGUAACUUAGAUGACUACCCGAGGGAGUACUGUGUAGUGGACUACGAUCCGAACAAAGUAAUCAAGUUUUUAUGCCCAAUUGUGCAUAAUGAGGGGGAAGAGAUGAAGACGUAUGAUUCGAGCUACUGCUUUAGAUAUAAGGGGAUAAAGGACCGCCUCAUCAUUAGCAAUAAUGAAGAGCAAAUAUAUACCACCCUACCGGGGAUCAUUUUAGAAAACCAGAUUCUCUACGACAGGUACAAUUUGGGCAUCUACCUUAUGCCCCUCAAAUUGGAGGAAGACAUGAGUAUCGUUUGCGUCUGCGACACGAAGAAAGAAUACAAAGGAAUAACCCCUUAUAUAAAAAUAAAUAUUAAAAAAUCGAACAAUCUUCUUGGAGCAGAUUCGGCGGAUCAACACAUAAAGGGGUGCGACUUUGGCAACAACCAAGGGGAACACCAAUUCUUAACGAAUUCGCAGUCGUAUGAAGAGAACCUCGUGUGUGAGAUCCACGCCAAUCCGGGAGACAUAGUCGGGAUUAACUGCAUAAAUUAUAAUGAGGGGGAUCUCCAAAAUUAUGAAGUCAAGUUAGAACCUUCCAACUGCUUUUCCACGGUGUCCUUUUCUUUAUAUACUUUAAGUUUUGUAAAGAUGAACAUAAAUAAUAUUUUCCCCGAUGCGAGGUACUACCCCGAGUCCUCCGCCUUCCCCAAGGAUCCCAAUUUUAAAAAAUUCUCGACCACGUCUUACUUGUGGAUCCCCGCGCACGUGCCCGAGGACUUCCUCUUCUUCUGCUCUUGCCGGUAUGCGCAGGGCGAGGGCGUUGCGAUCUACCACGUGGGCAGCAGCGCCGCAGCGGUUGAAGCGGUGUGA